AAGGCCACAGUCUCAUAAUUGUAACUGGACUCGUAAAUCAUGGAAACUGUGGUGUAAAACUUUUGAGAAUGUAUGCACGAUUGGGGGAUUUAUUUUCAGCACGUAAGGUGUUCGAAAAAUUGCCUCAAAGAGGUGUGGACGUUUGGAAUGUGAUGAUCAUUGGGUAUUCUCGCAAGGAUUUCCCAAAUGAAGUUCUGGGUCUUUAUCAUCGAAUGAUGUUGGAGGGUGUAAAACCUGAUAGCUCGACUUUUACUGUUGCUAUUAAGGCAUGUGUGAGCUUGAUGGACUUGGAAAUGGGGAAGGAAAUUUGGGGUCAAGCGGUGAAUUUUGGUUAUGAGUUUGAUGUGUUUGUCGGGUCAUCUGUUUUAAAUUUGUAUGUAAAGUGUGGGGAAAUGGAUGAGGCCAUGUUGGUGUUUAAUAAGAUGCCAAGGAGGGAUCUUGUUAGUUGGACUACUAUUGUAACAGGUUUUGUGCAGGGUGGUCGGCCGAGAGAGGCUAUUGAUGUAUAUAAACGGAUGCAGAAGGAGGGUAUGGAAGGAGAUACAGUUCUGAUGUUGGGAUUGAUUCAGGCUUGUGCCAAUCUUGGGGACUCCAAAUUGGGGCUUUCAGUUCAUGGCUAUAUGAUAAGGAAAGAUCUUCCUAUGGAUAUUGUUGCUCAGACUAGCCUUGUGGAUAUGUAUGCUAAGAAUGGAUAUUUGGAGUAUGCUUCAAUUGUAUUCUAUAGGAUGCCACAGAAGAAUAAUAUUUCUUGGGGUGCACUGAUUUCUGGUUUUGCCCAAAAUGGUUUUGCACAAAAUGCACUUGAGUUGUUUGUAGAGAUGCAGUGUUCCGGGUUUAAACCUGACCUGGCUUCUCUGCUGAGUGCCCUUGUAGCAUGUUCACAAGUUGGCUUAUUGAAACUGGGCAGAUCUAUACAUGGAUACAUUGUGAGAAGGGUAGAUUUUGAACAAGUUUCUGGGACCACAGUAAUUGAUAUGUAUGCAAAAUGUGGAGCACUUUCUCAUGCACAAGCUCUUUUUGAUAGAAUAGAUUCUAGAGACAGAAUCUCUUGGAAUGCAAUGAUUUCUGGCUAUGGAGUGCAUGGGCGUGGCAAGGAGGCUCUAGCAAUCUUUCUGCAGAUGACAAAAACUAACUUAAAACCAGAUCACAUAACUUUUGCUGCUCUUUUCUCAGCUCUUGGUCACUCAGGAAUGGUGGAAGAAGGUCGACACUGGUUUAAUCUCAUGGUUAGUGAGUAUAACAUCCAACCAAUUGAAAAGCACUAUGUUUGUAUGGUUGAUCUUUUGGCUCGUGCUGGAGAAGCAGUAGAGGCUUAUGAACUAAUAGAGAUGGUGGCAGAGAAGAUUCUUGAGUUGAAUCCAGAUGACUUGGGCAUCCAUGCUCUGGUUUCUAACUUCUUUGCCAUAGGAAGGAAGUGGGAUAAAGUAGCUAGUGUAAGGAAGACUAUGAAAGAGACAGGGACAAAGAAAGUACCUGGCUACAGUGCAGUGGAUAUUGACGGAAAGCUCCAUGCUUUUCUCAUGGAAGAUAAAAGCCACAGCGAAUAUGGAGCUAUUUUGCAUAUGUUGGAUAGAUUGGAUCAUGAGAUGAGAUUGCAUGAUCAAGAUGAGAGGCUUGCUCCUGCUUUGGCCUCUAAAACGUAGGUCAGGAACAAUGCUAAUGAGCAUGAAAACUCUUGGGGUGGAUGUUGGCAAGCUUAAAUGCUGUUUUAUGACCAAUAUAUAUAGUGGACAAAGGAUUUUCCUACUAAAUGAGAGGCAGAUUCAAUACUUACAAGGAUGAAACUGGCCACGUAACAACCAUGGGCAAAGUCCAGGAGCCAUAAUUACUUGCUUUUGCACAGUAUCCUUAUUCCCAAAAUUGCAAAACAAGGACCAAGAAAGGCUGGAAAAACAAACAUAAAGAACGAGUUUCAUUGUCAUUAGUGGAAUAUGAAGAGAAUACACCAAAAUACUUAAU